AUGUCGGGAAGAAACCCAUUAGCAGCAUCAGUUUCUCUGCCUGUAUCUUCUAAAAGUACUGUUGUUGAAUUUCCACAACCUGUUAAAGGAAAUCCAACUAUAAUCAGUGUCGAUCAGCUGUCAGCGUUAAGCCAGUCUAAUGUCUUAUCAUUAGCAACUAUUCAUAAGCAUUUGAAUACAGGGAAGGUUUAUGGGCCAAGUUAUGCAGUUAUUAUACCGUCUGAUCUACUCGAUCAACGUUCUUCUAUUUCGAACGUACGGGUGGAAAAACUAGAAAACUGCCUCAACAGACCGAUAAGAAGCAAUUCUUUAUAG